AUGAGUGAUCAAUCGUCUUCCGGAUCCUCUUCUGCUCCUCCACCAUCCUAUCAAGAUUUGGAAUUGAUGAGUAUGGGACCGGCUCAUGCUGUCGUUCCUCUAUCCGAAUGCCCUCAUCUCGAUCAAGUUCAACCUCUCCCACUCACUGGAAUUGAUGCAUCGACAAAUUGUUCCGAUUGUAAGAUUGGAGCAGAAGUCUGGACUUGUCUCACUUGCUACCAGUACAACUGCGGGCGCUUUGUCAACGAACACGCCCUUAUGCAUCAUCUCUCUUCUUCUCACCCGAUGGCUCUCUCAAUGGCUGAUCUCUCUGUUUGGUGUUAUCCCUGUGAAGCUUAUGUCCAUAACCAAAUUCUCAUUCCGGCAAAAUCGUCUGCUCAUCAGAGCAAGUUCGGUGAACAAAUGCCUUCCUAA